AAAAAAUUAUGGGUGGAAUAAACAAACUUACAGGCCCAAUUCCCAAAUCAUUGUCAAAUUGUUCUGCACUUGAGGUGCUUGAUUUUGCUGGAAAUGGUCUUACUGGGAUGGUUCCUGAAACAUUAGGAAGCUUGCCAAACCUGUAUCACAUUAGUUUUGAUGCCAAUAGACUGGGACAUGGAAAAGCUGGUGACCUGAAUUUUCUCAAGUCUUUGCCUAAUUGUACUGUUCUACAGGUGUUGGCUCUGGCUGGCAAUCAUUUUGGAGGAGAGCUGCCUGAAUCCAUAGCUAACCUUUCGGCUUAUAUGAGCAUAUUUAGUCUUGGGGGUAAUUUCAUACAUGGAAAUAUUCCAAAUGGGAUCGAAAAUCUUGUUAACUUGAACGUUCUAAGUUUGGAAAAUAACCAGUUAGAGGGCAGUGUCCCUGAAGUAAUAGGGAAUCUUCGCAAUUUAGAGGGAUUGUACUUGAGUGGAAAUAAGUUUUCUGGGUCAGUACCACUUUCCUUGGGUAACUUGACUUCAUUGACCAUUCUCUCUUUGGAGAAGAACAUGUUUGAGGGAAGCAUACCUCAAACCCUCGGAAACUGCACAAAUCUGAUUACCCUUAGCCUUUCUAGAAACAAUCUCAGCGGUACCAUUCCUAGAAAGGUCAUUGGCCUUUCUUCCCUUUCAAUUUUCAUGUCAUUGUCCAACAAUUUUUUGACUGGUACCUUACCAUCUGAAGUGGGUCGCUUGAAAAAUCUUGGGGAGUUGGAUUUAUCAGAAAACAAGUUAUCAGGUGAAUUGCCUAGUAAUCUUGGACAAUGUGUCAGUAUGGAAGGACUGCAUUUGGAGGGCAAUGAAUUUGAUGGUACAAUUCCUCAGGCUCUGGAAAGUCUAAGAGGUUUGGAAGAAAUGGAUCUUUCCCGUAAUAACUUAUCUGGGUUGAUUCCAAAAUUUCUCGGUGAACUUUCAAGUCUUAAGGUUCUCAAUCUUUCUUAUAAUAACUUUGAAGGUGAAUUGCCAAGAAAAGGGGUUUUUUCAAAUGCUGCUAGAGUUUCAGUCAUUGGAAAUGAUAAGCUCUGUGGUGGCAUCCCAAAACUGCUUUUACCUCCAUGCCCCAAGGAAAAGAGCAAUUCAACAAGAAAAAUAUUUUCUGGGAAGGUGGUAAUCCCAGUUACUUGUGUUGCUAUAUUGUUAGCAGUUAUAUUGAGCUUUUUGGUUGGCUUUUCCAAAUGGAGGCCUGUUACUAAAUCUUCUACUGAGGAUUGGCAACCAGAUAUGUCUUAUUCAGAUCUUUUUCAACCCACAGAUGGGUUCUCUGAGAACAAUCUGAUCGGUUCGGGCAGUUUUGGUUCCGUAUAUAAAGGAAUUCUUCCUGGAGAUAACAAAAGAAUCGCAAUUAAGGUAUUAAACCUUCAGCAACAAGGAGCUUCCAAGAGCUUCCUUGACGAGUGCAAUGCUUUGAGAAGCAUAAGACAUCGUAAUCUUCUUAAAAUCAUUACUGCCUGCUCAAGCAUUGACCAUCAAGGGAAUGACUUCAAAAGUCUGGUUUUCGAGUUCAUGGCAAAUGGAAGUUUGGACCAGUGGCUGCAUCCAAGAGACAAUGAAGAACGCCAGAAUAAGAGAUUGAGCCUUAUUCAGAGACUGAACAUAGCCAUUGAUGUUGCUUCUGCUUUGGGUUAUCUCCAUCACGAUUGUGAAACACCUAUAGUUCAUUGUGAUCUAAAGCCAAGUAAUGCUCUUCUUGAUGAAGAUAUGGUUGCCCAUUUUGGUGACUUUGGACUAGCAAAAAUUCUCUUUGAAGCAUCUGAUAUUCCUACAGAAGACCAAACAAUGUCAGUUGCACUCAGGGGCUCUAUAGGGUACAUUCCUCCAGAAUAUGGCAUGGGAGCCCAAGUUUCCAUACAAGGAGAUAGUUAUAGCUACGGGAUACUCUUGCUAGAGUUGUUCACAGGAAAAAGACCUACUGAUGAUAUGUUCAAAGAUGGUAUGAGCAUUCACCAGUUCGUGGCAGUUGCUUUGCCUAAUCAUGUCAUGGAUAUAGUAGAUCCUUCAUUGCUCUUUGAAGAUGAUGAAUAUGAGGAAAAUGGAAAUGACAUUGAAGAGAUAGCAAUGAACAAUGUCAAUCCCAGAGUCAAUGUUGGAAGAAGAACAAAUGAUUGUUUGGUCUCAGUAAUGCAAAUUGGACUCAUGUGCUCCAGACUCUCACCAGGAGAGCGGAUGCUUAUGCACACAGUUGUCAACAAAAUGCAAGCAAUUAGAGAAUCAUAUCUCAAAUGCAAGAGGAGUAAGAAUAUGAAAAGGUUUUAGAUUUUACCUUAUCACAAUUUCUUCUUCUCUACUCGAUAAGGUUUCUGAAUUUGUAUGUAAUAAAUAAUAGUUGGAUCUUCUAAGCACUCUUUCAGUUAGCUUGUUAUACCACAUUCAUCUAUACUAUUUUGUCUUGAAAUAAGUAUGUGGAAAACGGGGGAUAUCUGUUUUUUAGUCCUUAGUCAGUUGCAACUUGAUAGU